AUGGGUAAACGAGGGCUUUCUGACAACGAGAGCGAGGACGACUGGAAGAUUCGCUCUGAGGACGAGGAAAGCGAUUUUGAUCAGGCUAGUGCGGAUGAAAGCGACGAAGGAAAUGACGUGACCAGCCGUAAGAAAACCGUGAAGGAUCGUUUUGAAGAAAGUGACAGUGAAGAUGAGGAUCAGGACGACGAUCCAGCCAGUCAAGGCGAUUUAGAAGAUGGAGAAGGACUAGACGAUUAUGAAGCUGAGUUUGAGAAACAUGUUCGGGACGCCCAGCAAGAAAUGGCCGAGAGCUCGCAGAAACUGAAAAAGUUGACCCCAGAGCAGCUGGCUAAGGAACAGAAGAAAAUCAAACGCAGUGGAGUCAUAUAUUUGUCAUCUAUCCCACCAUACAUGAAGCCUGCCAAGCUGAGACAUGUUUUAUCAAGAUUCGGCAAAGUGGGCCGUUUGUACUUGAAGCCUGAGGAUUCAAAAAUUUACAAGACCAGAGUGAAGACCGGAGGAAACAAGAAAAAGAAGUUUGACGAAGGAUGGUGCGAGUUUGAAAAUAAGAGCGAUGCCAAGCUUGCUGCGCAGACCUUGAACGGUAACAAAUUAGGAGGUAAGAAAGGAAAUUUCUACUACGACGAUAUAAUGAACGUCAAGUAUCUGAAGGGAUUCAAAUGGCACGAUCUGACCGAGGCCAUGAGUCGCGAGAUUGAAAUCAGAGAAAGCAAGAUGCAGUCCGAACUAUCGCAAGCCCAUAAGAUGAACAAGAACUAUAUCAAGAAUGUGGAAACGUCCAAGAUGAUUGAGAACAUCAAACGCCGUAAGCAGAACACAGAGCCAACCGUCCAGCGUGUCUUUGAACAACGGUCUGUUACCACUAACCGUGCCACCGCCGAUGCAUCUCAGAAAGAUCACAAAAACACAGAAAGCAAAAAGCUGAAAAAUGUGUUGGACAAUAUUUUCUAG